AAAUACGACAAAAAUCAGAAGUUUGAAGAAUUUAUUGCAAAUUUUUAGUGGACAUUUCGACUGGAAUUAAAUUAUGAACCUCUGGUAAUUUGUGCGAGAGGAUUGAAACCCCACAGCGAUGAAGUACUCAACGUCGCCGACGCCCUCGCGCAGCAACAGCUCCCUGCUGGGGGGACCAUCGCGGACCACCUCACCUUUGCCACCGCCGGCCAACUAUCGGAACGACUGCAUGUCGGCGACCAACAAGAGCUACAAAUACCUCCGGCGGUUCGUCAAGUUCGACCAGAUGGACUUUGAGUUUGCAAUGUGGCAGAUGCUGUACCUCUUCAUUGCCCCCAAGAAAGUUUACCGGAACGUCAACUACCGUAAACAAACGAAAUCACAAUUUGCCAGAGACGACCCAGCCUUUCUUGUCCUGCUCGUGGCUUGUUUGUGUGUAACAUCCAUUGGAUUCGCGUGGGUUCUCAGCCUAGGAAUCGGCCAGAGCAUUCUGUUUAUGCUGUACGUCGUGUUUGUGGACUGCAUCCUGUGCGGAAUGGUGGUGGCCACCCUGCUUUGGUUCGUUACGAACCGUUAUCUGCGGGACCGCAACUCGGACACCGACAUCGAGUGGGGUUACGCGUUCGACGUGCACCUGAAUGCGUUCUUCCCGCCGCUGAUUUUGCUGCAUUUCAUCCAGCUGUUCUUCUACCAUCCCCUCAUCAGUCACGAUUGGUUCGUCUCGACGUUCAUCGGCAACAGCAUCUGGCUGGCGGCACUGAGUUAUUACAUCUACAUUACCUUCCUGGGUUACAACGUGGUGCCGAAUUUGAAAAAUACGCGAAUCAUUUUAGUCACGCUGCCGCUGCUGUUUGUGUUUUACAUCGUGACGCUUAUCAUACAUUGGAAUUUAAGCGUGUCUCUGAUGUAUUUCUAUCACUAUCGAGUACUGUAAGGGUAAAACAAUGCGAAAUAAAAAUAUUUAUUGAUGCACUGAGGAGUGAGCAAUACUUAUGUAAACUCAAACAAAAUUUGCUUGAA